AUGACUAGCCAACAACAACAAAGCAAAGGUGAUGAUCGUCGUCAUCAUCAUCAUCAUCAUGACCAAGACGAUUCUAUCAUUCUUCCAGCAUACAUUCAAGAAAAGAUUGUCGAAUAUGCAUUACAAAAGUCUGGUUCAAAGUCUUCUACAAACAGUCGUGGUUGUUCAUUCCCAAGCAAGCGCGUAUUGAAUCGUUGGGGUGAGGUGUCACUUGCGGUAGUAUGUUGGAGAUGGUUUAAUAUCAUCUCUAAAAGAUCUACCUCUUACAUUUUAAACACUGGUUUACAAAGUAGUUUAAAUAGAUUAGAAUCCAUUCUAAAUAAUCAAAUCAAUAAUAAUAAUCAAAAUAAUCAAAAUAAUAAUAAUUAUAAAUAUAAAUUGGUUAAAAGAAUAGAGACAUUGGUUAUUACAACACCUCAAUUGUAUAGAUCAAUGGGACCAAAAGCAUUUUAUAAUCUUGGAGAACUGUUAAAAAAGGCCAAUAGUGUGACCAAGAUCAAGUGUCGAUACCAAGGUACGGUCAUACCCUCUCUUGACCAACUCGUCCCUCCAUCAGUGACCGAUCUUUCGUUUGACGAUACCGAUAGCUCUUUUAAGAAUCACAGAGAUUCCUUUAUGGCGCAGUUUGAGUCUUCAACCCUUCCUCCAAUGGAGAGACUACAAGUACAGAUGUGCAGAGAACCAGGAAACAACGUUUUAUUCAACAAGAUGUUCCUUUCCAAAUCGCUCUCGUUGGAUGUGUAUGACAGAAUACCUUUUCGUGCUCCUCCCAACAACGUAGACAUGACAGAGCUCUUUUUAAAUGGUGCAGUCAGUCUUGUCGAGAUUCGGGGAAUAUUGGAGAACCUAAAGUCGCUCCGUGUGCUUGGUCUGGGACGCUUCGAGAUUUUUGGCAAAGACCAACAACACCAUGCCGACCAUUUAAAAGAGGUGGAGCGACUCUUUUACCAAUCCAAAACCAUCAAAGAGUUGUCGUUGGGAUACUAUCUCACCGAUGGUCAACAACCACUAUUCACCCACGAAUUCUAUGCCGGGUUGGUCGCCAACAAUAAGGUCAUCCGGGCAUUGGCAUUGACUCCAGUCGAAGAGGCAACACGACAAAACAAAAUCUAUUCGAUCGGUUUGUUUGAAGCGUUGGCAUCAAACAACACGCUCUCCAGUCUCUCACUGCGUCAGUUGGCCGCUGUCCACGCACCUAUGCUCCAACACAUGCUCCAACACAACAAAUCCAUCCAAUACUUGACAUUGGAUUGGACAAGUCGAGUAAAUAAGCGACUCCUUGCCUUCUCCGGAGACCUCUUGGAAUCCGUCGCCCAAAACACCUCACUGCUCGAAAUAUCAUUCCCAAUGACAAACUUUGAAAGUGAUCCGAGCGAUAGUGAGACGGCAAAGGUAUUGCCACGGUUGCAGACCAGCACAUCUCUACUGAGAGUGUUUGUCAAGCCCCAGCUAGCAGUCAGCAGAACCGAUCCUUCCCAACCAUUCCUCUCCGAGAAGGAAAUCUUUCCUACUAGUGUCACAAUCAAACGUUCAAAAGUCACCACCAUGCCAACCAAUGUCCCUCUCUUGGGGUACAUUAAUGACCCCCACCUCGAUCUUUCACAAUGGGAUGAAAAUGAUGUUCCCUAUGACCUAAGACAACAACGUCAACAACGUCAACAACAACAACAACAACAAUACUAUUAA